AACCCUCCUCGGGCAGCGAAGGCGGACGAGCAGUGAAGAAUGGAGAGAGCAGCUACCUACGCUCCCCCGCCAGCGUGAAACUACGACUAACACCACAAGUCAACGCCGAGAACAUACACCUGGCACUCGGCUCCCCGGGGCCAUCAACCUCCGCUCGGCGGGACCAGACACCCGGGUGGCGAGGAGACAUCGCAGCCGAGAUCCUUCACAUCCUCCUUCCUGUCUCCAAUGUUCAGGCCAGAGAUCAGGCCUCACAGCGACUGGUAGAGGCGACAGGGUGAGGACGGGGACUAGUGUUGGUUCGCGGUACCAGGUUUUGUCCCAUGAGCCUGACUGUGCCGUCCAGGCGCUGCCAGUGACCGGGGCUGUGGCUGUGGCGGGCCCGGCCCAGGAGGCCAUUCUGUGCAUCACUCCAGGCUCCCACUGACCUGCUCUCACCAUGGAUCAACAAAGAGAUAAAUACGGGGAGCGGCCCGCCAGGAGCACGAAGGUUUCCCAGGGCAGCCGUAGCGGACACUCGUCCCGGCCGUCUGGAUCUUCGAGCUCCUCUGGGGUCCUCAUGGUGGGGCCAAAUUUCCGUGUGGGAAAGAAGAUCGGCUGUGGAAACUUUGGUGAAUUGAAGCUCGGUAAAAAUCUCUACACUAACGAGUAUGUAGCCAUUAAAUUGGAACCAGUGAAGUCGAGGGCACCACAGUUGCAUCUAGAGUACAGGUUCUACAAAACACUGGGAACUACAGCGGAGGGGGUCCCCCAGGUGUUUUACUUUGGGCCUUGUGGGAAAUACAACGCCAUGGUUCUGGAGCUGCUGGGCCCGAGUCUGGAGGACCUCUUUGACCUCUGCGACAGGACCUUCUCCCUGAAGACCGUCUUAAUGAUCGCAAUUCAGUUGAUUUCCCGAAUGGAGUACGUGCACUCUAAAAACCUAAUCUAUAGGGAUGUAAAGCCUGAAAACUUCCUCAUCGGACGGCAAGGGAAUAAAAAGGAAAGCAUUAUCCACAUCAUCGACUUUGGCCUGGCCAAAGAGUACAUCGACCCCGAGACCAAAAAACACAUUCCAUACCGGGAGCAUAAGAGUUUGACCGGCACCGCCCGAUACAUGUCCAUCAACACACAUUUAGGCAAAGAGCAAAGUCGGCGAGAUGACCUGGAGGCUUUAGGCCACAUGUUCAUGUAUUUCCUUCGUGGGAGUCUACCCUGGCAAGGGCUAAAGGCCGACACCUUGAAAGAACGAUACCAGAAGAUCGGAGACACAAAGCGUAACACUCCCGUCGAAGUCCUCUGUGAGAACUUCCCAGAGGAGAUGGCCACUUACCUGCGAUAUGUGAGACGAUUGGACUUCUUUGAAAAGCCCGACUAUGAAUAUCUGAGGACUCUGUUUUCUGAGCUGUUUGAGCGUAAAGGUUACACCUUCGACUACACCUACGACUGGGUGGGCCGACAGAUACCCACGCCGGUGGGGUCUGUCCACAUUGACUCUACAGCGCCCGCGGUCACGAGAGAGACCAACCCUCACAGAGACCGGCCCGCGCAGCAUCAACCAAUUAGAAAUCAGACAGCGGUCUCAGAUCGACGAGGAGCAUGGGAGGCGCAGCCCACACGCCAAGCAAACUCCUCCUAUCUGACCUCCCACCUGGCAGCGGACAGGCACGGGGGCUCAGUGCAGGUGGUGAGUUCGACCAACGGGGAGCUGAAUGCAGACGAUCCGGCUCAUUCCAACGCUCCGAUUACAGCUCAGGCAGAGGGGGAAGUGGUCGAUGAGGCCAAUUCCACCAGUGAGGAGACAGAUGAUCAGUGUCUGACAUACAGAUGGAAAAUGUGCUGCUGCUUCUUCAAGAGAAAACGGAAGAAGAACACACAGAGGCACAAAUGAUCGUCCGCCACCGGCCUGAAACAUUCCAAGUGUCCGGCUCAGUUGAUUGUGAUUUCAGAAAUCAAUAACGGUCCCAUUCAGAAUGAAAGAUGGAGACGACAGGAAGAUCUUGAUUGAGUUGUGCUCCGGAGGGACCAGUUCCAUAUGGUUUGAAAUGUUCAAGACGCUUGUGUCUUUUGAUGGGAGUCCUGUUUUUAAAUUUUUUCUUGUUUUUACAUAUAUUUUUUUUUUUCCCUCCGCCAAGAUGUGUGGGAAUGUUCUGCAGGCCAGUCGGCCGGACAGGGGAACUGUUCAGUGGAUCUUUGCAGGGGAUCAUCUUCAGUUCUUUUUCCUCAAGACGCGCAGCAUCUGUAUUUUUUUCCUUGUUUAUAUCCUGUGGUUUUGCAGAGGAAGAGACGGGUCUUCCUGUUUUAAUCUAACCACCUUCCACCUGUGGCGUGCUAUGAUUUUUUUAUUUUAAUUUCUUUAAAUCCCGAAACCCUAUUUUCAUUUCUCCUCUGUCCCAGUUCGAGGUGUUUUGCCUGUGAUUAGUUUGCGAACUCGUUUUGACACCAAGCCCCUCUGGUCCUCCCUGACGUGAGGCUGAAUGUAACCCUGAACACACGAGGAGCCAGGAGUGUCACCAGAGAGCGCCAGCCGGCCGGCCCCUGCACUUUUUACCCUCCAAAGAGGUCGACCCUGGAACUGGGACCCGGGCCCGAGGGAACAGACGACCACAGACGUCUCCUGCACUGCGUUCUCUCGGGAUGAUUUCUGCUCGCGCUGCUUGGUUAAAGCGCUCCCCUCUAACCAGGCCGCUCUCCAAACACACUACAGUCUCCUCUGACUCUGCAGUUCUGCUCCUGUCGGCUUCUGGGAUGAUGAGCGGCAGCCUGACACUUGUAGAUUUGGCUGAAACGAAACAAAAAAAUGCUAUUUAUGCUAUUUAUCUCUUGGUUGACACCAGUUUUCUUACUAAUUCUAACACAUACACACUGAAUGUAUGGACAGUAAGGUAAAUGACUUUGGAGCAAUCUUAUAAUCUGUUAUGCGCAUGGAAACGAAAUUGCAGUAGCGGCGUUGAGACCAAUGUGUAAAAAAAGUGAGACCAAAAUCAGGUGGAUUAGCGGGAGAGUCUUAAUUCGUUCUGGAUCUUAACAAUGUGAUGGUUAGUGAUGGACUCUGCAGACACUGGGGGACGUUGCCUCGGAGAACCGGGGGCGUGAUGUGCUUUGGAGGUUCAAUCCCAGCCUGUCCACGCUGCUGUCCAAUGCCUUAACCCCGACCUGUCCACCGCCACCCGCCGGACACACACACACACACACACACACACACACACACACACACACACACACUGCGGCAGCAUGAUGGUUUGUGAGAUGUGCGGCGCCGUCUGUCCGGCGGUCACCUGCAUCUUAAACGACUUGUUCCCAGAUAGUAUCAGAGUAGUGAAUGACUUCCUGUGUAACACUGAAGAUGUAUUAUCGAGGGAGAGAGAGAGAGAGGGAUGCCAUAAGUGAGGUUUGGUGUAAUACUCUGUGACAGUGUUGAGACGUCUCCCCCCCCCCCGUGACCCCUGUGCUGCAAAGCGAUGUUUGAUGUUCGAGUCCUUUUCACGCAGAGAGAGAAAAACCUCAUGUCACCAUUUCUUUUUCUUUAAUUAGUGUCAUGGAGGACUGCCUUGAAAACAAUAUCCUCGACACGUCACCUUGCCUCCUGACAGAGAGGGAGCCACUGCACAUCGUUUUUAUUUUCAUGUCUUGCUAAUGUGAAUUGUUUUUGUUUUUCCAUUCCAAAAAGCCAUGGUUUUAUGGGGAAAGAGAGGGUAACAAAAUAGAAGAUUAAAAAAAAAAAAAGAAGCUUGAAACCAUGACUGCACUACAUUUGUUGACCCCGGCUUUCCCUGACGAGACCCCGCCUUCUUGAUACUGUACUUCAAACGUGCUUAUUACUUUAACUUGUAGCUGCCUCGUGUGCGAAGCCUUCCCUUAGGGUGCAGGGAAUAUAUUUUCAAUUCAUUUUUAAACCCCCCAACCCUACCUCUCCUUUUAUUUUGUGCCAUGACGCCCUUCUGCUCCCACCCCCCCACUCCUCUCUGCACACUCACCCAUGCCAGUCCUGGACGAGUGGACUCUGAGUUUGUCAUCUUUACAAACACAAUGUUGUAAACUCUCUCAAUGGAUCCGUAUGUAAACCUGCUCGUUGGGUGUAUUUACACUGUAUAGCUUUUUGAUUUCCUCUUGCCCCUGACCUGUCAGUUACUCCAGGGUCUAAGUUAUUGUGUUUUAAUGAAAGUACUUGAAUAUGAAAAUCUAUGGGACCUUUUUUAUUUUCUUUAUCUCUCGUUUUUUUAUUUUUUUUUUUAUUAUUGAUUUCUCCGUCUUUUAUUGUAAUAAUUCACACGUCGGAUUUGGGGGGGGGGAGGAAACAGGCUGUUUGAAUGACAGGUGUUCAUUUCUCUGAGACGUCAUAGUGCCUCUUGAGUGUCGGGUGGUGGUGAAGUGUGUGGGACUCGGACUCGGUGUGACAGACCGGACGAGGCUCAGCCGGUGAAGGUGCCGUCAGAUGCGGGUUUGUCUCUGUGAAACAUUUAUGGUUAUGUGUUUUGAAUCCGGCGAGGGUGAAGGGUGAACCCCCCCGCCCCACCCCCUAGGUUUUUAUUCCCGGACACCAAACCUGUGACAUCUGCAGCACCUGGAGCGUUUGUUGAAAGUAUUACUGUGUAGGGAGAUGGAUAUCAAGACUAUACAGCCUUCAGUGUUCCACCCCUACCCCCCCCCACUCCCGCUCCUCUGAAUUCCCCGAGUGCCAUUCCCUCAGACUACUACUACUACUACUACUACUCGCCCAUGCCUUUUACCUGUGCCAGGAUAAACAUGAAGUUGAAUGUUUGGGUUUCUUUUUCUUUUGACCAUCGCAUUUCCACCUCGACUCCUCGACGUGUCCUUUGUCUUUUUUUCAGUCAGAACCAGGAAGUGUUUGGAGAGAGUCGCUUUCUUUCAUUCACACCGAAAGAAAGCGAUUGUUUCAGAGUUGAACUUGUGACUGAGCAUCUCCACCACGUCUGCUUCUUCCUUGAACUGUGGGUUGGCCUCACUCUGUCGCUCACGGCUGAACUGGUAGAUGUAGACUUAUUACUCUGGUGUAUGCAUUUGUUUUACCCUCUGGGCCUCGUGCAGAGCGGCUAUAGGAGCGCUCUGUGUGAUUUGUAUCUGCAUGGCUUUUGUCCGGAGACGGCAGGGAGUCGAGUCUCUGUGAAUCCUCCGGGUCCUCGUGACCAGCAGAGAAACGUCUCCUCACAGCACGUUCCAUUUCAGUCCCACUCAUUUCUCAUAUUCUAUAUCUCACUUCAGUCAGACGUGUGUGUUUCGGGCUUUGGUUGUGUGUCGCUCAUCGUGUGUCAAAGCUGUGUAAAUCAAAGCGAAGGACAGUUUGAGGUGUGAAUGAAUGGCUUCGGUCUCUUUUGGGUUCUCUGGCACUUUCUCCUUGUUGCUGUACUGUAGAAUUGUCUUGGAUUUACUGUAUAUUUUUUCUUUGAGGGAGGGGUUUAGGGUGACAUUUACUGCAAUAUUGUGAUGAUUAUUUGAAAAUUGUAAAUUGUACAGUGUUCAAAAUUGUAGUUUUUUCUUUUUGGGAUUCCAUAUGAAAUGUGUUUUUUUUGACGAUUUCUUUCCUCUCAGACUGUGGAAAAUCAGAUUGUACAGCUGCAAGAGUUUAUCCUCCCCUCAGCAUUGUUUUUGUUUUUCUUUCUUUCUCAGAGCUAUGAUUAAGAGAAGUCUUAAAACUGUAAAUAAAUAUUGUGUUGAAAUAUGAAUGUCACUUCAAAAAUGUAUUCGAAUGAGUUAGUCAAGGGCUUCACCAAUGAGGAGCCACGUUUCUUCUUUUUAUGGUUUCAUAUUUUUAAUUUGCAGAAAGGUAAAGGUCCUUUUUAUUUGAGAUGCCUGUUUUGUUUUCCUCCUUGAAUUCAUAUAAAUACGAUGUGUCACACAUGAACCUUAUAAAAUCACUUUUUAUUCCCUCCACACCUAAAGGGAAACUCCAGUUUGCACCCUUUUUUAUGUAAAAUAAAAGCUCUCUCCACCUUG